GGGAAAAGGUCGUGCGGGGGCGCGCCGUGCCUGCGCGCCGCGAUGGGAGAGAGGGCACGCGUGCGCGUGCACAUUCUGCCCUCGAAUGCCCGGCGGCGCGGAGCCUACUCGCUGCCAACGGUUUAAAGGAGCUCCCCCAGCGACAGCGGAUUUCCACCAUAUCACCACCCGGGAAAUACAGACUCGGCUUCAGCGGUGUUUCCUCGGGUUUUCGCUUUUAAAUCGACAGCAGCAACAAACCCCAGGGCUUACCGGGACAUUAGGGGCCGGGCUAAGGCCUCCAAGCCGGGGACUCGCUUGUGAUUUGAGGAGGGAAAGAGCGCAACGAGGAUCCGGUAGUGACUGGGUGGCGGCAUUUCCCCUUUCCUCCCCUCUGCUGCCAGAAGCAAGAAAACUUGUGGUGGUGUGAGAUAUCGGCAUGUCAAACAGCGCAAUCCCCCCGCGAUGGCUGAAUUGUCCCAGGAGAGGACAGCCGGUGGCAGGGAAGUUUUUGCCUCUGAAGACCAUGUUAGGAUCGAGGUAUGAUGAUCAAGUUCCUGAAGAGAAUCGAUUCCAUCCCAGUAUGCUUUCAAAUUAUCUGAAGAGUUUGAAGGUGAAUAUGGGAAUUUUAGUUGAUUUAACGAACACAAGCAGGUUUUAUGACCGGACUGAAAUAGAGAAAGAGGGAAUUAAAUAUGUUAAACUACAGUGCAAAGGACAUGCUGAGUGUCCCACCGAAGAAGUAACAAACAUGUUCAUUCGUUUGUGUGAGCACUUCAUAAUGCAGCACCCAAUGGAAUUAAUAGGUAUGUACUGGGGAACAAAAUCAUUUGUUUUGAUUUUGAAAUCCCAUUGUGAUGUUACCUUUUACUGUUUUGUGAUCUUGCAGUAUUUGAAGGGAAAAAUCCGGACA